CUAGUUUAGUUGAGUUACGUGAGUUCAACAUUAAACACGGUAAAAUUGCAAUAAUAGAUAGAUACGGUCUUAUUGAAAAAACUAAUAAAAAAUAAGUGGAGCAUUUUUAUAUGCAAAGGAAUUUGUCAAGCCUACACACAACCCCAUAAAAUUAGUGUAAUGAAAAGAGAAGGCUUUAUUAAAAGCAAAAAGCAAGUCAUAAAGUGUGAAGAAAAUGGAAUAUUAUUGAAUUACAUACAGUUUUUUAUAUUUGUGAAAAUUAUUGAAGGAGGAGCAUAAACUAAAAGAAUUAUCGAGUAGAAAAUUCUAUUGAAAACAUAAAAUUUAAAAUUAAGUAUUAGAAUACUUAUGGAAUGCAUAAGGAAAUUUUAUAUGAAGUAAAAAAUCGAUAAAAUACAUUUCCUUCUCUUCAAUAUUGAGGUCUCACUUUAUUAGAAAAAAUCUGCUACUGCUGCCCCUCUCCUCUUUUCGUUCGUACAUUUUUGCUCACAAAAACAAUGUUAAUAAUGUAGAUGAACAUUGUCAUGUACAUCUUAUUUGUGUGUUUUUGUUAGUGCGUUUGUAUGUUAGUUACAUUGUGUUUUUGUAUGAACGUGUUAUAAUGGAAUAUAAAUAAUAAAAAUUAUAUAAAAGAAAAAGGAGUAAAAAUAAUAAAAGUAUUAAAAAAAUCCAUUGUAUGUCUGUUUUGUGUUAACCGUUAUUUAAUAAGACGAAAAAUAAUAGAAUUAUAACCAAUUAAAAAAUGCAAAAACAAUAAAAAAGAAGGUGAACUGCAGAGGUCUCUGGCUGAAUAAUUUAUUGUACUCAAUAUUUUUUAAAUGUUUGGUCAAUUCCCUAAAACUUUAAAAGCGGAAAUCGACUUUAAGACCAUAAAACCAAUUUGGAAUGAAAAAUAAAAUUACAUUCAGCCAUUAACCAACAACAAUAAUAAAAUUUCAUCCCUGCUUUUGUUGUUGGUGUCAUUUACAUGUAAAAAAAAAAACACUUUGUUGUGUAUCUUGUGUUUCUGUGUUGAUUACCUACUCUUCUGGAAGGAAUAAAACCAAACUAAGUGGAAACCAAAGCAAUGGCUAAGGAACCAACAUCAACACGUUUACCCAUGCCAGGACUUUCACGUAUACCUCUACCUGGUCUAAUUCGCCCACCAACAGCUAUUUCUUUGCCUAGAACUUCGCUAUUAAGACCUCCAGCAACAUUUGCCAAAACACGACCAAUUUCUUAUUCAGGUUUAAGGCCGCCGAUACAGCAGGCCCUCACAAUUAAGAAAAGUAGUUCAGGUGACCGUAUAAACACGUUGAAUAGUACAGUGAAUAUGGUGAGUAAGAAGACUACAACGGUUUUUAAAAAAUUCUUUGCAAAAGCAGAUCCCACACCAACAAAAAAAGAUGAAACAGUAACUACAAAGUUGCAAAAUGUAACUACUAUACUAGAUACUCCUCGACCAACGCUUACAAGGUCGGAAACAUUUGUACGUACAGACAGUCCAGAAGACUUAAUGGCUACACCAAUGCCGGUCACUGGUGAACCAAAAAGAGGAGCUUUAUGUGAAAGCACUCCGCUAUUAAAUACGAACACCAAACAAUGCCUUUAUAUUACGCAAAGUUUGGACUCAACAUAUAUUCCUAAUUGUGAAGUGAACCAAGCACCAAUGCAACGAAAACACACUUUAGAAAGUACACGUUUGUCGAAUAUAGGUUUCGGCAAUACCAUGGACAUUGAUUCACCUAGAAAUAAAACACAAGUGGCCAAUGCGGGGUUCGGCAAUACAAUUGAUAUAGAUACGCAGAAAAAUAUAGCAAAGAAAUUAGGUACGACCAAGAGCGGUGAGGAUAUUAAUGAUUGUACACAAACGUUUGAUAUACUUACUGAAAAUAAAACCUUCAAUAAAACUCACUCUAUUAAGGAAUUAGAUAGACCUGAUGCCACUCAUAAUAUUAAUGCUACUGAUGUUUUGGGACGCACACUUUGUGUAAUAUCAUCCCAUGACGGCAAUGCAAAUGAAAAUAUCACUAAGACUUUGGAUAGUACACAGCUUUUGGACAAACUUUCAAAUGUAAACGUGACACAAACUAUUGACGGUGGCGCCAGCACUAAGUUAAUUGAAUAUACUGAUAUCCUUUCACCGGCAACAAAUGCCACAUAUUCUAACCCAGGUUCCAGUGAAAAUCUUCUAAUGAUCGAUGAUGUUUCCAUACCUUCAGGCUUUGAAGAAGAUGUUGCCAUGGAUGUUCAAAAACAUUUAGAAAAAUUAAGUCAUCAACAAUUUUUGGAUAUAACCACCGAAAAUCUUGAUGAUACAUUAAAGGCGCUGGCGCCCGAUAAAGCAAACAUGAAACUUCCUUUGAAUUCAACCAUGAAUACCGAGCGUCUAUUGGAUAUAACAGAACAUAUGACUACCCCGGCCAAGCACAUGCAAUUGCUCAAUUUAACUAAAGAUUAUAUGGAUACGCCCAAUAUCAAAAAUACCACUCAACUGCUCUACAUGACACAAACUUCUACAUCUUGUACUACUACACCAGAUCGAAAUGCUUGCAAGAAAUAUAAUAAUCCCAUGUAUCAAUUAACACCUAUUCCUGUUCAUUUGCAGUCACCCAUGUUACUGAAAGGUGCUAAAAGUGAUUUGGUAUUACCCAUACGCACCCCAGAUGAAGAUGGCCAACAAGAAGCCAUGGAUAUAGAUAUGACGCUAAUAUCGUCGGGAGGCAGGACAGAUGCCUUUUAUCAACAGACCGAUAUUUCUCAAACCACAUCUUCUUUGCAAGACGUCAAUAACCCCAACAAGAAAAGCCGUUUUUCAUUCGGUUUGGAUCUAACUGAGUCUACUUUGGAUUGCUCCAUAGAAUUGGUUGAUGUAUCUUUGUCAUCUCAAGCUAUUAAUUGUAGUCAAAAUAGUACUCAAAAUAUGACACAUUCAACCUCGACUCAACAAAUGCAACAACAGUUUUUGAAAAAGCAAAACUCUUUUGAUUUGGAUGAAAGCUUGGGUAUCUUAACUCCCGAUCAAAUGAAAGAAUUCCUCGAUUCUGCUGCCACAAAUAAUACCAAUAAUCUCGAUUUACCGCUUUUGCUCAAUAAUUCAAAUAAUGUCAACAAUCUUAGUCACAAAUUUGUUCUGCAACAAAUGCGCAUAGACCAAACUCCCUCUCCCGAAGAGUUGCCUUUAGACCCAGUUGAAGUUAAGACCGACAUCAAUGAUAUGGUCUUGCAACAUCAGCAGUUGCAAUUGCAUCAGCAGCAAAAUUUGCAAGGUCAAAUAACAUUUUCCAACGAGGAUCAUCAGCAGCAAUGUUUGGAAUCAUUGUCACUACAUACUGACACCGAGCCCAGUAAAACGGAGACUAUUAACAAGUCCAUCUCAUCCAGUGUUUCGAAGAUUUCUACUAGUUUUAUAACCAGUGUUACUAGUGUCACAAGCCUAGAUACUGGUUAUCAAGGUGAUGGAGAAAUGUCGAGGCCUGCUUCUAGAGGACCAUGUGACCACUCACCCUCAAAUGGCCCUAUACGCAAAGGAGUGUCACGGCAGCCCAGUUUCCACCAGCAACAGGGAGUUGGAGGUCAUUUACCGCCUGUCAGGCGACAAGAUCCUAUGACAGAUUCGGAUUUCUUUACUGAAUCCGAUGCAGAUGAUGUAUUUCAUCGAGGCGACCGUAGAGCCCAAGUAAUUGACGGGCAACUCUAUGGACCCAUGUUACAACCAGCUGCCUCGGUAUUUAUUUCAGAAGAUCCUCAAAUGGAAGAUUCCUGCAUGGAGUCUUCAGGAAUAUUCACAGAUGUUGAAAAUCGUUGUGACGAGGAUUUGGCCCAAAUGCGCAGACAAGAUACUCACGAGACAACUAAUGAUUUAUCACCAGACAAUGAUCUAGAUGGGGAUGAUUCAACUGAAACCGUGAGAUCAAAUCGCGAAAGUACAACCAAACGUUUUCAAACAUUUUCUCAAUGCAGCGAAAAGUCUACAGCAACCCCAGGGAGUGUUAUGUCUACAACACAUACUUCCACUGCUGUUCACGGUCAAGGCCAUUUAACCAGUAGCCAAACAUCAUCCACAAUACAAAGUAGUAUGAGUACUGAUCACCUCUUAGCUGAUACACUCUCCAAUCGUACCUCAUACUGUAGUGUGGAUGGUAGCAACGUCAAUAUUAAUAGCAUUGGUGUGGAUUUUAAGAGUUUCUGUUCUCUUGAUGAAGCUUUCGAUGGGGAGCACAACAAUAAUAGCAACAACGACGAUGACGACGUCAACACCGCAUACAGGCCAGUUAAACUAACAAAAAGCUCAACGACUUCCACAACUUCGUGGUGUGAGCAACCAUUGCAGAAACAUUUAAUGGCAGUACAAAAUCAAACUUCGCCGCGUAAACACUCGUCGUUAACGUCGCUAACAACAGAAAACGGCGUGCACAAUAAAACACCAACAACAAAACCAAAUAACACAACAAUAUCGCCGUCGUUUGUAACACAAAGUCAAAUAUUAAAAUCUCGCAAACAUUCCGAUCAAGAUUCUUUACGUUCUGAAGCAGUUUCGGUAUCCGGUACUGGUUCGAAAUCUUCCCUCAACGAAAGUGUUAAAUUAUCUAAAACACCCACUUCAUUAAGCGGAAAACACUCGCCCCGCUACAAAUCGAAUACACCGAAAAGUACCAAAGUACGUUCGUCGCCGAGUCAAUCAAGUUCGAAUAAAAAUAGUUCACCUCCGGUAGUGCGUAAAUACCAUCAUUCACCCAACAAAUGGGAUGCCGUUAUGAAUCAAAUUGCUAGUAAUAAAUCAGUGAUAAGAAAAAAUUAUAAUGACGUUAAAUCGAAAGUGUCCACUCGUAUAACAACGACCACUGGUGCGGUCAGUGGUACAAGUACGGGUGGCGGAGGUGCUUCUGGCUCCUCAGCUAGUGUUUCGCCCACACAACGUAGAUCACCUUUAAAUAAUUUAAGCAUAAAUCGUAAUCUAAGUCCUAGUGUUAGUAAAGUGUCUAAAAUAAGUAAAUCGCCAGAGUCACCAGCAAUAUCAUCAUCAGUAUCGUCAACUCAUGCAACAACAUUAAAUAGUUCAUCUCCAAAACGUCUACCACAAAAUUCCCAUAUUAAUCGUGGCCGUUCCUACAGCAAAGACAGCCAAAAAAGUUCACAAAGUGAUUUGAGUUUGACAAGUGUCAGUGGUGGUGGAGGUGCUGGAUCACCAAAAUUAUUGGCUAAAACUCCCUUGAGAGCAGCCAAAAAGCGCGAUGUACGUAAUUUGAGUAUAUCACCCACAGAUUUGGGUCCACCACCCAAAACUCAACAAACAGCUAAUGGAUCUUCAACACGACCAAAACCGGCGAUUAUAUCAUUGACACAAAAACGUUUUACUUCUAAUGUUCAAAGUACUUCUUCAACAUCGCCUUCAACAACAUCUACCACAGCUAGCACACCAACUGGAGGUAGCACAACCAGCAUUAAAGGUUCACCACCACCAAAAAAGUUUAAUCUUCAUACCAAACGUUUAGAUGUUAAAUCGACAUCGGGUAAAACUCCACUUAAAGAUCAUAAUCGCAUAUUGAAUCAAACGAUUACAACACCAACAAGCAACAGUAAAGCAAUUGGCAAACCGGAAACAUCGUCAGCAACAACUUCCGAGCAUCAGGAGAAUGGUGGUAGCAAUGUUGUUGUGGGCAUUAAUAAUAACAAUAACAUACAUGAGAAAUCUACAACAGCAAGUACCAGGACAAAUUCUAGAACAUCAUCACCGACAAUACUAACAAAUGCAACAAACACAACAAUAAUAAAUAAUAAAAAAACACCCGCCUCGCCAGCUGUUACAGCAUCCAACAAUACAAUUGAAAAGAAAUUUCAAUCAAAACUUCUAAAUUCCUCUACAACAUCCUCCACCACAUCAGCAGGUCGCAAAUUGCUAUUACAAAAGCAACAUCAACAAUUGUCGGAGGAUACAAUCACCAAUAAUUCGUCGUUGGAAUUGAAUGAUGAAUUACAACAAUUGAAAAGUCUAAAUCGUCAUUCUUAUAAUGGGUCAUUGAACUAUCAGACAUUUGAGCAGCAGCAACAACAGCUCCAUGAAUUACAAAAACAAACGGAACAUCAGGCAAAAAGUACUGAAGCACUAGGAGUGCUAUUACAAUACUUGGUCUAUGAUCUGGAUGCUUUUGCUUGUCCUUCUUUGAAAUCGGAAAGUUUGAAAACUAAAGAGAAAUUAAAGAAAACUUUACUCUUACUCGAUGAAGCCAAAAAUGUUUGCUCCGAAUUACAGGACCAGUUGGGUGACAAAGAUGUCUACUAUACCCAAAGAGAAAAUGAACUCCAGGCCUUGCAUCGCUGUGAAUUGGAAAAAGCGCGAUCAAAUCUUGUGGAAUUCCAAACCAUGGCCAAACAACAAAUUUCUUCUUUGGAAACUCAAUUACAAAAUUCCGAAAGUGAAAAUAAGCGCCUUUUGGAAGCAUAUCGCAUUGAAAUGGAACAUAAAAUGUCACAAAAACAACAACAAUUAGAUACUGCCGAAGAACAUGGAAAAUCGUUGAGUGAACGUUUACAAGCCUUAGAAGUUUCAGAACAACAAUUACGGGUUCAGCUUACACAGACAGAAUCGUCAUAUGCCGGCCGUUUACAAGCAGCAGCCGAACGAGAACAUGAUCUUACCGAACGCCUUAAACAACUUACCAAAGAAUUGGAUAAAUUAAAAGCUUUGAAAGAGAACAAUGAAAGAGAACUGAAAGAAAAAUUGAAUCUCUCAAACGACGAAGUUGUCGUUUUAAGAACUUCUCGCAGAAGUCUUAAUGAAAGUGGUGUUGGCUCGCCACGUAAUACUUCAUCGUUAACAUCAUCUACUCAUAUGGAGUUAAAUCGCUUGCAAAGCGAAGCUGAAAGUUUAAGAUGUGUUUUAGAAUUAAAACAGAAAGAAAUAUCCAAAUUGACAAAACAAAAUGAAGAAUUAUUAAGAGAUGCUGAUGAGAAAUUAGCAUUACAAGCUAAAAUCUCUUUGUUAGAAUCGAAAAAUGAAAUGUUACAUUCGGAACUGGAGAUUAAGUCAGAAAAAGAAAAAGAAUACUUGCGGCAGAUUGAUGAAGUCCAAAAGGCCUUUAGCCAUGAAACUGUUAAACGUACUCGUCUCUCUUACGACAACGAAGCCUUGCAAUGGCAAUUGAAACAACGCUCCGAACAACUACAUAUUGUAGAAACAAAAUUACAAGAACUCUCUGCUCAUGAUAUCUCCACCACCUCAGUAGCCAAUCGUUCUUCACAAAAUGGCGCUUCAUUAACCUCCUCCAUUCACAUGGAUGAUAUUUCACCACCCACUUCACCCGUGAUAAAGGGGGUCAUUGAGAAAACAGAUUCAGUAUCUUGGGUUCUUGAAAUGGAUGAUGAGACUCCUGAAGCGGCAGCCUCUAAAAUGGUGAAACGUGCCGGAUCAUUUAGAUCUGUGGAACGCAGUCCUUCGACAAGACGACAAUUGUCGGUUAGUGCCAGUGCGGCUUAUGGUGGUAACAUGACAAAUUGUAAUUCUAGUUUAAUGGAGGUGGCUGGUCCCAAUCCCCUAUCCCAGUCUAUGUCGGCCACAUCAGUGAUAAGAGAACAUUCCAAAGUUGAAGUAAAUGAAUUUAAUAACCGCUCUCAUCCCCGUAUACGCUCAAAGUCUGUAAGCAUAAAGGGCUGCGAAGGCUCUCAGCAACAGCCCAAAUCGUCUAAAAAAGUAUCUAGACAACUAUCUGGCGGUUCUAGUACGAGAAAAAAUGAACUCUCCACUAACUGGAAAGAACCUGUGCUAACGAGCUCUCCCUAUGUAAUGAGACCCAGAUCGUCAACCCUUAAAAUUGAUAACGAAUCUGAGGAAGUCUUAUUUAGACGCAGUUCGGCCAGCAAGUUAAUCACUUGCGACACUUCAGCCUUAAAUAAAGGUGAACGCUUAGAAAUGCGCUCCUUACCUUCCCAUCCCUCUGUGCAGGACUUGAAAGUCAUCAAAAAAUGUCAAGAAAUUCAAGAAUCUGCAGGUGAAGCAAUGGUUUCGGGUACAAAUUCAGAAGAUGAAAGUUGUUCCGCCUCCUCAGACGAUGUGGUCAGUACAGCUUCGUCCUCGGCAGCAUCUGAUUCAACAACUUCAUCGAAUCAACUGAAAAACUCUCGCAUGUCUUUUGAGGAAGUGUUGCUUAUUGAGAAAAUUAAUAGCUUAUCUGGCACUCCCAUGGAGGUCAGCUGGUCUGAAGAUGCUGACGGUUUAGGGAAUAGCUCAACACUAUGACAUGAAUUUCGCGAAAUGUAUCAAGUCCACGAAGAUGACGAGGACAGUUUUUGAAAAUAUAAAAACCUUAACCAAAAUAGGAAAUUGUUGUUUAAAAGAUUAAAAAAUUUAAAGAAAAGAAAAAUUUAAAGAAUGAAUUGCAGACAUAACUGAAAAAAGAACACAAUAAUUGCAAAAAAAAAUAUAGUUGGCAAAAAAAAAAAAAGAAUAUUGGAUAUACCGUUAUUCAGCUGAAACUUUUGACUCUUUUCCCUUUUACAUCUCAAACAAAAUGAUUGGCCUCGAAUACUGGAGGUGGAGGAGUUUUUAAAUGUAUGUGUAUUGUGUAUACGUUUCACCAGAACUUAAAAUUUAUAAAUAGCAUAUAGAACUACAAUAAUAUUAACUUACUAUCUAACCCAGCAACAAUCUUUUGGUGCGUUUAAAAAAAUUAAUUUUUCUUGACUUAUUUCCUUUUCACUUUUCAAGUUUUUCCAACUCUUAAUAUUAUUGUUUAGUUUAAUUUUUACCUUUAAAAUGAAAUAUACUUGGAAUUUUGUUAUGUACAUAUUUUAUUUAUUUAUGCGAAUUUAUAAAAUACCCCACAAAAAUAAAACAUACAAAAAAAAAAAAAAAUUUAAAAUGAUAAAACAAAACAUAAAAUAUAUUUAAAAACCUUAACAAAUUUGCUCUUAAUGUCUCUUAUACUUGUGUUGUGCGUAUAAGAGAUCAAGUGAUAUAUUAAUAAAAAAAGAAACUAAAAUAUGAAAAGGAUAUUGAUUAUAAUCUUAGAAAAUUGGUAAAAACAAAUCAAAGUAUUUAAAUGUAUUCUCAACCAAAGUAAAUACGCCUUUUAUUUGCAUAAGUUGUGAAAAAACUAAAACUAUACAAAAAACAAAUUAAAUAUUAAUUUAUUUGAAUUUUGGUUAGAGAAAAUUGCAAGAUAAAAUUUGCUGAAAAUAAAACCAAAAAAUGCCGUCUGUUUACUAGAGAAUUUGAAGAAAUUUUUGCUAAUGCCAAGUUUAAGACAUCAUUUUUAAUUAUCAUAUUGUUAUACGAAUUUUAAAUAAAUUCUAUUUUAUUAAAUUGUUAAUUCAUAUAAAUCGAGUUUAUGUGAAUCAACUUAGAUAAUAAUUUGUUAAAUGUGAUUAUUUACUGAAAAGUGUUUGAGCUUUGAAGAAAAAAAUAAUUAAUUUCAAAAAUUCUUCUUCAUUAUUUCAACAAUUAAUAAAAUUAACAAUAUUUUUGUUAAAAUGGUGUCAAAAUAAAUUAAUUGCAUGAUAUGCAUUUAAUUUUUAUUUAUUUAUAGUACAUUACAACAUUUAUUUCUUAAAACAUUUUGUGUAAAACAUUGACUUUAAAUUUAAUUUACUUGGAGAAUUGCAUAAGAAAAUCAAUAUUAAAGUAUCUAUAGUAAAUAAGUCAUAGUAAUAAUGAUUAUAUAAAUAUGUAUAAAUUAUUAUCUAAUUAUUUAAUUGUUAAUUUUAUUCUAAAAACACAAAUGUAACAUUAAGUUAUAAAAAAAAUAUUGAAGGCUUAUAUAACGUUCAAGUUUUUUCCCACUUUAUUUUAAUUUGGUAUAAAGAAGCUUUUCCUCGAUCCUACCUUGAAGGGUCAUUAUGUACACAUAAUUCUUUUCUUGAAUAGAUUUGCUUAUAAAAUAUUUCAAUAUUCGCAGAAUAAAACUCCUGAAAAAAGCUUUAGUGUGCAUAUUUAAAUAAAAAAAGCAAUUCGAAUUACUUCUGCAUUAAAAAUAAAAUACAAUAAAUUAAACAUAUUGUCACUAAAGCGCAUUUUUUGCCUUCCCUAAUGUACUGUUUCACAAGUCAUUCAUAUUUUAAAUAUCAAAAUCUAUUGAUAACAGCUUUGAGAAAUGUUUUAACUUAUUUUAUAGCAUUUUUCGAAUUGGUUAAAACUGAUUAAUUUAGUAAUGUACGUAUUACAGGCAUUGCUAUAGAUCGAAAAGAAUUUCAACAAGAAAUCGAUUUAUUUUUCGUUAAUUUUUUCAGAGACCAAUGUUUUAAAGUAAGUUUAGUUAGUAAUUUAAUUAAUAUGGAUCACAAUUAGUUAUUACAACAAGAGUUACAUCAAUAUAAUUAUAUUUAAAAAACAGGAACACGUUUAACAAAAUGUUGUUUUUAGUUUUAAACAAAUUUUAGCUUUAAUUUAUUUGUUAUGUUUAUUUACAUUGUUUUGUUUAGUUUUUAGUUAAGUUAAUUUAAUCCAUCUUAUUUAUAUAUUUUAUUUUUAAUUGAAUGUUGGUAUGAUUCUCGUAACAAAUUUGAGUGUGUAUUUUCAACAAAAAUUUUCAAACAAAUUAUCUUAAAUAAUUAAAGUUGAGUUAUAAAGUCAAAUUAAAUUCAAUGUAAUUUGUCUAAGUAAAACUUGUUUAUAAAUCAGCUUAAUUUAUUGCGUAUUGUUCUUAUUAAUAAUAUAAAAUUUAAUUUAUUAUUACCUUUAUAAGUAUUUUAUUAUGACAAAACAAUCUCUAAAUCUUAAUACAAAUAUCCUUAUAAUUUAAUAUACAUAUAAACAAAUUUAAAAAAUAACCGCAUCCACAAAACGAAAUCUUCUCCAGAAAAAAAAAAAAUAAUAAAUAAAACAACAUUAGCAUCACAUUUUAACAAUUAUAUAAUAUAAUAAUCCCCCGCCCUGCAUAAUAUGUAUGUUUGUAUGUCUGAGUGGUGUUUAAUUAUGGUAAAGAAAUAAAAUGAAAAGUAAAACCCAGGAGUAAUGUUUAAGUAUAGCAACAAUAAUAAAGUAAUAAUUUAUCAGCAAUUUUUUGCUAACAACAAAAAAUAUUAUAAAAUCAAUUAAAAUAACAAAUGAAGAAUACAGUAUAAUUGUUUUCAACCACAAA